CAAAAAAUAAAUUAGAGCUGAAUUGAGAGAGAGAGAGAGAGAGAGAGAGAGAGAUAGAUAGACAGAGAGAAUGGCAGUAGCAAGCCCGGCGUUGGCUACAAAUGUUUUUGAAGGGGGAAACUUGAGUGUGAAAUCUAUGAAAGUGGAGAAAUCAAAUCAAUCAUCACCACCACCAAAGCCAUUGUUAAUUGUUACGCCAAAGUUGGAAGGCACAUAUCCGGUGCUGCUCUUUUUCCAUGGGUUCUUGAUCCACAAUACCUCCUACGAAAAGCUUCUCCAACAUAUAUCUUCCCAUGGAUUCAUAGUCGUUGCUCCUCAGUUAUACGACGAGAUUGACUUUCUGAUUGUAACUGGAAAUAAAGAAGUCAAUUUGGCUGGAGAAGUCACAAACUGGUUGGUUAGACACUGGCCUUCAAUCCAUGCUCCCGAAAAAUGUCAAAGCAAAUCUUCACAAGCUAGCCGUUGCCGGCCAUAGUAGAGGUGGAAAGACUGCAUUUGCCCUUGCACUAGGCCAUGCCAAAACCCAAACAUCCCUCAAAUUUU